AUGUCCAAGAAGUUCCUCCUGGAGCUGCUCAAGAGGGCAAUGGUCAAGGAGCUGCCAACCUUCGACCUAGACAACCACAACGCCAAGCUAGGGCCAUCGAAGGCCUUCCUCAACAAGUUCUUCUCUGCUACAAGGACUGCCAACCUUAGAAAUCAGAUCUCUGGUUUUCAACAAAGAGGACUUGAAGGAUUUUCAGAGGCAUGGGAGAGAUUCAGAAGCUACUUGUCUCAAUGUCCCCACCAUGGCUUCAACAAUGAGAGCUUGCUAAGCACUUUCUACAGAGGAGUCUUGCCUAAAUUCAAAAGCCAGCUUGACACUGCAAGCAAUGGAAACUUCUUGGGGAGGACUGUCGAAGAUGCUUUAGAACUCUUGGAGAACAUGGCACAGAGUGACUCUGUCUACAAUGAUGAAUAUGAUAGAAGAGACAGAGGUGGUGGAGGAGAAGAUAUGACCACAAAGAGAGAGCUGAAAGCACUUCAAGAAAAGAUUGACAUGCUACUAUCAGAAAAGACCAAGAAAGAGGAGUUACAUAUGGUUGCUGAAGUUGAUGGAGUAGAAUGCCAAGAAGAUAUGUACUAUGUCAAUGCUCAGGCUGAUCGAUCUGUCAAGCUCCCCAUUGGCAUCCUAGAAGAUCUUCCUGUCAAGAUAGGAAAUUGUGAAGUGCCUACUGACUUUGUAGUGCUUGAGAUGGAUGAAGAGCCUAGAGAUCCUUUGAUCUUUGGAAGACCUUUCUUGGCAACUGCUGGAGCAAUGGUGAAUGUGAGAGAUGGCACAAUUGAUCUCCACCUUGGAAAAGAUCACAUUCUCCAUUUUGAUAUCAAGGAGAUGAUGAAGAAGCCCACAACUCAAGGAGAAAUAUUCUACAUUGAUGAGAUGGAUGCCUUGGCUGAUGAUUUCCUUGAGGAGUUAGCGAUUGAGGACUCUCUUCAACAUGCCCUGACCAUUGAAAGAGAGACCCAAAUGAUUGAAAACAAGGAGAGUGAUGAGCUAGUAAGAAGGCUAGAUGUUCACCUUGAGGAGGAUGGAGAAGAUGAGUUCAUGGAGUUGCCACAAAUGACUCAACAUGCUGCCUCAGCAGACAUUCAAGAGAACCUCCAUGAAGCUGAUUGGAGUGAGCUCAAGGCACCAAAAGUGGAGCUUAAACCUCUUCCCCAUGGUGUAAGGGUAUUACAGAGAUGUGAGGACACUAACCUGGUGCUCAAUUGGGAGAAGUGUCACUUCAUGGUCAAGGAAGGGAUUGUUCUUGGACACAAAGUUUCUGAGAAAGGAAUUGAAGUGGACAAAGCCAAGAUAGAUGUCAUGGUUGGUCUAGCUCCACCAAGAACAGUGAAGGAUAUAAGAAGCUUUCUGGGUCAUGCCGGUUUCUAUAGAAGAUUCAUCAUGGAUUUCUCUAAGAUAGCUAGACCAUUGACCAGGCUGUUAUGCAAAGAAGCUGCAUUUCACUUCGAUGGGGAAUGUAUGGAAGCUUUCAAAAACCUGAAGAAUGCACUCAUCAGUGCACCCAUAGUUCAACCGCCAGAUUGGGAUCUCCCCUUUGAGAUCAUGUGUGAUGCAAGUGACUUUGCUGUAGGAGCAGUCCUAGGCCAGAAGAGAGACAAGAAGUCACAUGUGAUCUACUAUGCAAGUAGAACCCUUGAUGAAGCUCAAGCUAAAUACUCUACAACUGAGAAGGAGCUAUUGGCCAUUGUCUUUGCAUUUGAGAAGUUCAGAAGCUACUUGGUUGGGUCAAAGGUGACUGUCUACACUGAUCAUGCUGCAUUGAGACACCUCUUAGCCAAGAAAGAUGCAAAACCAAGACUGUUGAGGUGGAUUCUGCUGCUACAAGAGUUUGAUCUUGAGAUCAAGGACAGGCCUGGAGUUGAGAAUGGAGUAGCUGAUCACCUGUCCAGGUUGAAGGUGGAGUGUGGAAUCCCUAUUGAUGACAGACUUCCAGAAGAGCAAAUGAUGGCUAUUCAUGCAGUGGUAGCUGUUUGUGAGACAGGAAAGAAACUUGAAGAGGUGAAGGCGGCUGAUGAGAAGGGUCCUUGGUAUGCUGAUAUAGUCAACUACUUAGCUAGUGGAAAAGAGCCAUUGAACCUUGAAGGUUAUGCCAAGAAGAAGUUCUAUAAGGAUGUGAAGAGAUAUUAUUGGGAUGAGCCUUACCUCUACAUACUUUGUAGAGAUCAACUCUAUAGAAGGGCAGUGGCUGAAGAAGAAAUUGAUGGGAUCCUUACACAUUGUCAUGGAUCAUCCUAUGGAGGCCACUUUGCUACAUUUAAGACAGUUGCAAAGGUGCUACAAGCUGGAUUUUGGUGGCCUCACAUGUUUAAAGACACCCAAGACUUUGUCUCAAGGUGUGACUCUUGUCAAAGAAGAGGAAACAUCACCAAGAGGAAUGAAAUGCCUCAAAACCCCAUCCUAGAAGUUGAAGUGUUUGAUGUCUGGGGUAUUGACUUCAUGGGGCCUUUUCCUUCAUCUUAUAGCAACAAGUACAUACUGGUGGCUGUAGAUUAUGUCUCUAAGUGGGUUGAAGCAAUUGCAAGUCCAACCAAUGAUGCAAAGGUGGUUCUAAAAAUGUUCAAGAGCAUAAUCUUUCCAAGGUUUGGGAUUCCAAGAGUUGUGAUCAGUGAUGGAGGGUCUCACUUCAUCAACAAACUGUUUGCAAACCUCCUUAAGAAGAAUGGUGUGAAGCACAAGGUUGCAACUCCUUACCACCCCCAAACAAGUGGUCAAGUUGAGAUUUCCAACAGGGAGAUCAAGUCCAUUCUGGAGAAGAUUGUGGGGGUUACAAGGAAAGAUUGGUCCAUCAAGCUUGAUGAUGCAUUGUGGGCUUAUAGGACAGCUUACAAGACACCUUUGGGAACUACACCUUUCAACCUUCUCUAUGGAAAGUCUUGCCAUCUACCAGUUGAGCUUGAGUACAAGGCACUAUGGGCAGUCAAGUUGCUGAACUUUGACAUCAAGAGUGCCAAGGAGAAGAGAUUGAUCCAGCUGAACGAACUUGAUGAGAUAAGACUUGAAGCUUUUGAAAGUUCAAAGAUCUACAAAGAGAAAACAAAGGCUCUCCAUGACAAACAUAUCCUGAAAAGAGACUUUAAAGAAGGAGAUCAAUUUGGAAUGUGCUCAGGAAAAGGAAAGGUUUCAAAAGAGGCUAGGAAAGAAACACAAGUGCUGUGGAGACAUGCUCAUAGCGACAUAUCCAUAGUAACAUGCUCAAGUCGCUACAGUCACAAGAUUUUCUCUUUUGUAGUGAUGGCUUCAAGCUACUUUGAGAAGCCACAAGAAGAGGAAGACACAUUUGAAGAUCACAUUGAAGAUGAGCCCUAUGUGUUUGUGGAGCCACCACCCUUUGAUAUACGCAUACUCACACCAGACCAAAGGGAUGAGUUGCAUCGGCUUCAGAGAACGAAAGAGUAUUGGGGCAAGCCAAUAAGACACCUAGCACAAAUGGUCCGGAUAAACCUUAUUAGGGAUAGAGCAGAGUUUGAAGGAAGAGAUGUUAACCAGUAUGAGUUUGAUGCUGCUUGUGCCCUUGAUGAGGUAAUGUAUUGGGUUCCACCACCCCAGCUGGAAGGUAUAAGCAUUUCCACUUUAGAACUUAAACUUGAGGAAAUUUGCUUGCCUUGUGGUGAGGAUAACGCCCAUGAUCUUGAUUCUCUUGUGCUCAUAAAUGAAUGUCUUGAUCUGAUAUGUGAAACUAGGAAACUAGAUGAAUUGAGAGUAAAAAAGCUUGCUAAAGAUCACAUUGAAGUUUGCUUUGUCAAGAACUAUAUUUGUGCUUCAUUUGAUCUUGAGUCCAACUUUUUGCUGCUUGAGAAUUCUAGACCUCUUCUUGAACUUGCUGAUUUAGGGGAUGAACUUGAUGUGGAUAAGCUCUUGCUUGAGAUAGAAAACCCCCAUGCUGAAAACUAUCAUGAGAAUUUGAACGUUGUGAAUUAUUUGAUUGAUGGAGAUAGAGUUGACUACUUUGUUAAAACCUCGUUUGAACCUGUAGUUGAUUUUGUGUUUCCACCUAUUGCUUUUGAUUCUCAUGAUCAUCUGAACCUCAAGAAGCAUUUCAUAACUCAUACCAUAUCUUUAGUGAAGCUCUUUGAGGAAAAAUCUGUCUAUUUUCUAUGGACAGUAGUGUGUUUCUUUGCACACUUGGUUUCUUGUUCUUGUAGGAGAAAGACCAAAGGUGCAUUGGCUCAGCCUUUUGAUACUUAUGAUUAG